CAAGUUCUUUUCUGACGGACAGGUAUGAAUAUAUAUAACCCCUGAGAUCGCAACCCUUGUGGCAAUGGACGCCACAAGCAUAAGCGAAGACUUCUCUUUCACACACAUUGACAUCCGCCCUUCAUAAUGGCAAACCCCAUCAGAGAUACCUCUGCUGGUCAAUUACUACGAGCCGUCGGCUUCAAGUCAUGGUUGGCAUAUCCUGAAGAACUUCCUAGCUUCGAACCUCAGCAGAUGCCCGCCGUGCCAGAGACACUGCCCGUCACCAAUAUUGAAGACCUCGAGAAGACCCUAUCCAAGAUCGCCACCAAAGAGACCGCAAGCAACGGACUGACCUCCGAAAGCUCAUCGGAGAAAGAUGUCGGUGAAGCCAUCGUUGUAUCGUGGACUUCCAACGAUAAGGACAACCCCCGCAACUGGUCCCAGGGAAAGAAGAUGUAUACCUUGACGCUGAUCAACUUGUACACUUUCGUCGUCUACCUCACAGCCUCGAUCAUCACACCAACUGCAGAGUUCAUCGUGAAGAGAUACGACGUCUCCAUUGUCAUGGCAAGCCUUGGCCUGUCAAUGUACGUCGUCGGAUAUGGCUUGGGACCAAUGUUCUUCAGCCCACUGAGCGAGGUCGCCUGGAUCGGGAGAAAUCCACCGUACCUGUACUCGUUCAUCGUCUUCUUCGCCAUGUCGAUCGCCUUGUGCUUCGUGGACAAUUUCCCAGGUAUCAUCGUCCUACGUUUCCUGCAAGGAUUCUUUGGCAGCCCGUGCCUCGCUAGCGGAGCGGCCUCGAUUGAAGACGUCUAUGACAUCUACAGCGCUCCAUACGGAUAUAUCUUCUGGGUCGGCGCGAUGUACUGUGGUCCAGCAUUCGGGCCGCUGCUUGCCGGGUACGCCGUCGUGAGCAACUGGCGGUGGCCAUUGUACGAGGUGGUUAUAAUGGCCAGCAUUAUUCUGAUGUUCUUGCCGUUCCUGCCCGAGACGAACCCGAACACCAUCCUUCUGAGUCGCGCCAAACGCCUCCGCAAGGCCACAGGCAACAAAAUGUACUUGGCGGUCUCGGAACUGAAGCCGCUGCGAUUCGGCGCCGCCUUGACGGAAGCCAUGAUCAAGCCGCUGGAGAUCAGCGUCAAGGACCCUGCCAUCGCAUACGCAUGUAUCUAUGGGGCCCUGGUGUACGCAACGUACUAUUCCUUUUUCGAGGCGUUCCCGCUCGUUUACCUGGGAGUUUAUCGCAUGUCGCUCGGUGCCAUGGGUCUCAUCUUCGCCGGCCUGGUCAUCGGGUGUGUUGUCGCCAUCAUCACUUACGCUGUGUACCUUCGCCAUUACUUCAUCCCGCGUUCCAGAAAGUACCACGAGCAUCGGGGACACCCGGUCGAGCAAGAAGAGUGGCUGCGCCCAGGUCUGAUCGGAGUCUGGGGUCUGCCGGUUGGCCUUCUGAUUUUUGCAUGGACGGCCCGAAGCGACAUCCAUUGGAUUGUGCCAACCAUUGGGAUUCCAAUUUUCGCGACCACGUCCUUCUGGACGUUUCAGAGUCUCGUGUGUUACGUUGCGCUUGCGUAUCCUCGCUAUGUCGCAUCGUUGUUCGCAGCCAACGAUUUCUGCAGGUCCAUGACUGCUGCUGCCUUCGUGCAGUUCUCCAGACAAAUGUAUAUGAACUUAGGGAUUGGGAAAGGUGUCACACUCGUGGCGGGAUUGUCGGUCAUUGGUAUCAUCGGAAUGCAUGGAUUAUAUUCCUUUGGGCCAUACCUGAGAGCGAAGAGUAAAUUCACCGGAUAGAGUGAUGGUGUGGUUUGAGGACGAUGUCAAUUAUGUAUGUUGCUAUGAUUGUUCAUAUCAAUUCAUUGCUAGCAGGCGCCUUGUACCGGAUGAUUAGC